AUGGGUUCCAGACUUGGCUAUGAGAGUAAAGCAGCCUUCGGGUUCGACGACAUUACGAUGGGAUGGCAGGGAGCAGGAGGACCGUCUUUGAGGAACCAAACUCUUGGUGGAAUUGCAACAAAAGACAUAUAUCUAGGCUUGUUUGGAUUGACUCCAAGAUCGAGCAAUUUCACAACAUUCAAUUCUCCAAUUCCAGGAUACAUCCAAAAUCUGAGAAACCAGUCAUUUAUUCCUUCUACCUCAUGGGGUUAUACGGCUGGAAACCAAUAUCGUUUCAACCGUGUAUUGGGAAGUCUUACUCUUGUGGGUUACGAUCGGUCAAGAUUCGUUGCCAACGAUGUAUCGUUUUCGUUCAACGAAGAGGAUAUUAGAGACCUGACUGUUCAAAUCGACGCAAUUACAGUUAGCAGUAAGAAUGGCGAAAAGGCACUUCUACCAAAUACAAUUCCUGCAUUUUUGGAUUUAAGUAAGUAUUCCAAUAACUGCUUUUCUUCAUUCAAUUUGAUUCGAGUGAAAUAAAGAAUUGUUCCCUCCCGGAAAACAGUUUCUCUUUCUCUCUAAUCUGUCUUGAACCCACGGGUAUUUUCUAAAACCGUGGAUGGAUGCUGAUGCGAUCAUUUUUGACAGGUUUACCGUAUGUUUGGCUUCCAAUGGAAGCCUGCGUGUUAUUCGAAAAAGCCUUCAACUUGACUUGGGAUGACACGACGGGGCUGUAUCCACUUUCUGGCUCUCAACAUGAUGCGCUGCUAGCUGAAAGCGCCAAUAUCACGUUUACUCUAGGGAAUUUGACAGAAGGUGUGGCUUUAAACAUAACUCUUUCAUACUCCCCCUUUGAUCUUACAGUUCAACCACCACUCGUUAGCAACACUACUCGAUACCUUCCCCUCAAAAGAGCCACAAACUACACACAAUAUACACUGGGACGAGUGUUCUUUCAAGAAGCAUACGUGUAUGCUGAUUAUGACCGCCUUAAAUUCUCAGUCUCACAAUGCAGAUGGGCAGCGGAUUCCCAACAAGAUAUUGUCCCUAUUCUCGCCCCUUUGGAGAAAGCUAUCGAUAACGGCACUUUCAAUGACACGGGUAACUCUGACAACAAAUCGAAAGCAACCACUUCCAUCGCUGCCAUAGUAGGUGGAAUAGUGGGGGCGAUAGCUAUUCUCGCAGCGAUUGCCGCCUUCACAUUCUUCCGUUUCAAGCGUCGACGUGAUGCAGAAGCAGCCAAAGCAUCUCAAUUACCACCAAGUCAACCAGAAACUGAUCCUAACAAUUCCUUUACGUUUUUCAACCCGGAGCUUGACGGCUCACUAUCAACAUCACGCCUCGAAUUGGAUGCACAUAAAGAGCAAUGGAGCUAUGAGGCAGCGAGUCGUCCCGUUCAACUCUACGAAAUGCCAUCCGAAGAUGUUGCAGCUGAAAUGAGGGGCGAAGGCCAAAUGAGCGAGUUGAGAGGAGAAGGUUAG